ACAGGCUCCGGGCGGUGGCACUGGAAGCUUCAGAUUCAUUUCUUCGGGUUUCCAUUUGACGGUUUUUGGUGAUUAUGGAUUUACAAAGGAAGAUCUUUAUCAAAGUGAAAAGACUAUGCAAAAGAAUCCGUCAGGAGUUUUCUGCUGAAAACCACUCACAGCUCGUGUACUGGGACGAGGAAGUAGGAAACUACAGAUGCGCCCAGUUCAGUUUGGGAGGCUGGUUUAUAUAGCUGCUCUGCACUUAGCACGUAGGAAGUUGUGUGCAGCCAGUAGGAUUGCAGGAGUCCCAGCAGUAACCAUUGGUCGAAUUUUCAACCGAGAUUAGUGCGCUGGCAUAUUUGCUGUAACAAAAAGCCCUUUGUGUAAAGGAACAAGUUACCGACGCUGCUGAGAACUUUUUUUUUUUUUUUUUUUUUUUUUUACGGUGGGUCUUUUUGCUGCUCCCGACGUAGAGUUUGGAGACCCGACGGACGCCUUGGCUGCCGGCUGCAGCGCUGGAACCCGAAGGAGGGGCAGGCUGACCUGGGGGAGGCUGGCUGCCUUCGCAGGGCAGGGGAGCGCUGCCUGUUGCAGCGCCUGUAGUGAGCUCAGGCUGCUCUCUGAAUGCAUGGAGUAAACAUCUGUUUAGGAGCUAGCAGCACUGCUAGAAGCAAACCUAUCCUGUACUACACGCAACAUGGAAGAAGAAAAUGCGGUGCCUGAUGGUAGUGAGCUUUCAGACCUGGAGAAUACAGCAGAAAGCGAACCUGAUCUUUUCACUACAUUUUCCGUGAAAACACGUUUUGGAUUUACAACUAAACUUGAAUCUACAGCUUCCAAAGAAGAAACAGUGCUUAAAGCAUUUCAACCUUUGCACACCAAUAUAAAUUCUCAUGCUAACACCUGGCAUGAGAGGAAUGAUAAUGAUUGUAAUGACGACUCAGAAAAUCAGCACGGCAUGAAUAGUACCAGUGGCCAAGCUGACCCAAUGUCUGGCAGGCAAACUGGAGCUGACCUGGAACUGGAAGCUGAACAAAAUGAAUUGCUUCUUCACCAGUUAAGGUUUGUACAGACGUCUUUGUCCGAAUUGGACAAUGAUGACAAGGAUGCUAUUCUCGUGCAAGGUACUUUGGUUCAUACAACAAGUGAUACAGAAUCGGACGCGGAGAGUAAGGACCUAGACACCGAUGAAAACAAUAUGAGUGAAUCUGGGCUAAAUAAUGCUGCUUUGUCUGCUGAGACUUUGGAUGAUAACAAUCAAAAUAAGGAAGAGUCAGAAUCAGAAGGGCACAGCAACAGUGAUGACACUGUGGAUACAGAUGACAUUGAGUUACACCCAUCAGUUUCUAAGCUACUCCCAAAAGAGCUGGAUGGUAUUCUGGAGCAUGACUCCAAUGGAAGAGACAAAAUGUUAAUGGAUGAGCAGUUCAGUCGCUUGCUUGCUACAGGCGAAUGCCCUCAAGAACUUCCAGAUGAAGAACAAGGACCUUCAGCUGAUAAUACAUCGCUCAAAAAAACAGCACUGGCUGAAAAGACUUUCCAGCUGCCUGCUUUCUUUAGUGGACUACGUGUGAGGAAAAAGGGACUAACCACAGAGGAUGGGGAAACUGUUACAGAAAUUAAACCAAGGGAAAAUGAUUUAGCUCUGCUUAAAUUACGACAGCCUGUUAAGAAAUCCAGUAUUACGUCAGGUUUGACCACUAAAAAAAAAUCAGCUGAACCUAAAGCAAGUCCUACUUUCCUGGAACAGCUCUCGCACUUGUUAAACAUAGACGUCUCCAAGAAUGAAGAUAGAACCGAGGACUCCGGUGAGGGAUCUGGGGAGACCGAGGACAGUGAUGAAGCUCAAGAGAACAAAGCCUCCGGCAAAACAGAACCACGAUUUCCCUCUGAGGAAAUAAAAUCAAGCCCUGCUGAAUCUGCACUGGAUGUCUUCAAAGCUUUAUUCACACGGCCUCCCAAAAAAGAAACAACUGCAGAUACUUCAGAGCUGGAAGCCAUAAAACGCAAAAUGAGAAAUGAAAAAGAGUCCUUGAAAGCUGUAUUUGAAAGGUCAAAAUCAAAACCUGGGGAUGGACCAGCAGACAAAUCUCCUGACCUGAGUCCCUCAGAGCAAGAUGACAAGACUCCAGGGAGACUCCAGACUGUCUGGCCGCCACCAAAAGCAAACCAUGAAGAAGUAAAAGUAGGAUUAAAGUACACAGAAGCAGAGUACCAGGCUGCCAUUUUGCAUUUAAAGAGGGAACACAAAGAAGAAAUUGAAACGUUAAAGUCUCAGUUCGAACUCAGGGUAUUCCAUAUUCGCGGAGAACAUGCUGUAUCAACUGCUCAGCUUGAGGAAGCCAUUGCACAUCUGAAGAAUGAACUCGAUAAUAAAUUAAAGAGAAGAAAUGAAAAAGCAAAAGAUAUUGGUGUUUCUACUGAAGAUGAUAACCCACCAAAGACAUACCGAAACGUAUGUAUACAGACUGACAGAGAAACUUUCAUAAAGCCUAGUGAAGAAGAAAACAGAGCUGUGAAAAAUAACCAAAUAGUACCCAAAAAGCUUAAUAUUUCUUCUUUGUCACAUAGUAUUUCUGCCCAAAGUGAAAAUAAGGACAAUUACAAUGCACAGUCAUCAGAAAGUGUCUUAUCGUGUCAACCGAAACAAAUGCUGCCUCCACCACCACCACCACCACCUCCACCACCACCACCACCUCCUCCUCCUCCCCCCCUUCCUGAUUCUUCACUACCAGGUUUAGUUCCUCCACCACCACCUUUGCCAAUGGAUCUGACUUCACUGACAUCUCAGUUUGGAUCUGGUCCACCACUGCCACCUGCACUUUCUGAAGGCUGUAGAAAUUUUCAAGCACCGCCACCACCACCACCACCACCACCACCGCUUCCAGGGCUCGGACCUCCUGUUCCUCCUCCACUGCCUGGAUCUGGGUUACCUCCACCCCCUCCACCUCCUGGGCCUGGAUUCUUUUUUAAUAGCACUUUAUCUUCAAACCAAGGUCCUCGAAAACCUGCCAUUGAACCUAGCCGUCCCAUGAAGCCUUUGUAUUGGACACGGAUACAAUUACAAGGCAGCAGGAAAACUGCUAUGCCAACAUUGUGGGAAUCACUAGAAGAACCUGAUAUACUUGAUACUACUGAGUUUGAAUAUUUAUUCUGCAAAGACACCACUCAGGAAAAACGAAAACCAUUAUCAGAGACUUACGAAAAAAAAAACAAGGCCAAAAAGAUUAUCAAACUGUUGGAUGGAAAACGGUCUCAAACUGUAGGAAUUUUAAUAUCCAGUUUGCACCUGGAAAUGAAGGAUAUUCAACAAGCUAUUCUAUGUGUUGAUGACUCCGUAGUAGAUCUGGAAACACUGGAAGCACUAUAUGAAAAUAGAGCACAAAAGGAUGAACUGGAGAAAAUCAAGCAAUAUUAUCAGACAUCAAAAGAGGAAGAACUGAAGCUUCUGGACAAACCAGAACAAUUUUUAUAUGAGUUAUCUCAGAUCCCAAACUUCACAGAACGAGCUCAGUGUAUUAUCUUCCAGUCAGUUUUCUCUGAAGGAAUAACAUCAGUGCACCGGAAAGUUGAUAUCAUAACUCGUGUUUCCAAGGCUUUGCUGAACAUGACAAGCAUAAAGGAAAUUUUAGGUUUGAUUCUGGCUUUUGGAAAUUACAUGAAUGGCGGGAAUAGGACCCGAGGUCAAGCUGAUGGAUUUGGUUUGGAAAUACUCCCCAAACUAAAGGAUGUCAAAAGCAGAGAUAAUGGUAUUAAUCUUGUGGAUUAUGUCGUGAUAUAUUACCUACGCCAUUGUGAUAAGGAAGCAGGAACAGACAAGAGUAUUUUUCCUUUACCAGAACCACAGGAUUUUUUCCAGGCCUCCCAAGUUAAGUUUGAAGACCUAAUAAAAGACUUAAGGAAACUGAAGAGAGAUCUAGAAGCCUCUGAAAAGCAGAUGAAGUUAGUUUGCAGAGAGUCUUCUGAAGAGCAUCUCCAGCCCUUCAAGGAGAAAUUGGAGGAAUUCUUCCAGAAAGCUAAAGAAGAACGUAAAAAAGAAGAGAGCAGUUUGGAAAAUGCACAAAAAUGCUUUGAAGAAACAGUGGGAUACUUUGGGAUAAAGCCAAAGCCUGGCGAGAAGGAGAUCACACCAAACUACGUUUUCACGGUGUGGUACGAAUUCUGCAGUGACUUCAAGACCAUUUGGAAACGAGAGAGCAAAAGCAUUUCCAAGGAACGAAUUAAAGUGGCUCAGCAAUCAGUAAGCAAGCUAACUGCAGAGAAGAAAGUUGAAACGAAGAAAAUCAAUCCUACAGCUAGCCUGAAAGAAAGGCUACGUCAAAAGGAAGCCAAUGUGACUGCCAACUGAAAGAAGAAAGAUGAAAAUGAUAGUGUGACUUCAUACCUUGCAUGAUGCUUUACUACACCCAUGGCCCAGGGAGCACCUUAUAUUAGAUACUGAAUUCUGCUUUGCUGAUCUGUUCCGAGACAAUCCACUAAAGACUUUUCAGUUCCUUCAGAGGAGUUUGUACAUUCAGUGGAGGGAAUUCUAAGAAGGUUUUUACAUGGGAAGUCAAAAUUAUUUUCUGUAUCUCUUCCUUCCGUUGUUUAAAAUGCAUCUGGUUGUUAAUGGUUAUUUAAAGUACUCUGUGCAUAAUGCAUUAAUAUGGAAGAGCUAAAAUGUGCAUUUUGGAUGCUAAGUGAUGACUAACAACCUGUAAGUUAUUUACAGGGCUUUCUGUAGAUGAGAGCAAAUAUGCCAUUCAGCUCACAAAAGACUAUUACAUCAUACUUUCUUUUAGUUCAGCAGUAACUGAGGUAAAAUUGACCGAUUCUAAAUAAUUUUACAGUGUCUAAGCACUGGAUGCAUCUUUCUAAAACGGAUUAAAUGGAAUUAUAGAUUUAUGCUGUAUUUUACUAUAAAUAUUUUUAUAGAAGCUUCAGCUUAUGCCAUACAUUGAAAUGGAAACAAUAUUUUGCACAUGAAAAGGAAUAGCUUCAAAUUCUUUAGUUUUAUGAUUGAUGGCAUAACUGAUUCAUUAUUUUUAUGGUUUUAACCUAACAUUUCCUAAAUUUUGAGCUUCAAAAGAAAAAUGAUAAAAAUGUAUAUUUUUAUUUCAGUAUAUAUGGAAAAUAUUAAUUCCAUAAAAUGAUGAGCUUAUUAGUCAUUAUUCAUUGAACUAAAAUACGACAAUAUGUCUCUUUGAAGUUAUACAUUUGCCAUUAAAUCUCUGGCUUUCAAUUCUAUUGAAAGCUUUCUUUUAAACAGUGACUAUCUCACUCUAAAAUAUAUUAUCCAGCCUGCUCUUGUCCCCCUAUAUUUGUAUGAAGAAUGUGUCUAGCAUACAUAUAUAUAUAUAAAUUAAUAAGUAAAACUUGAAGAAAUAAGAGUCUCGCUGUCCUCCUGUAACAUUAUAACCAUUGCCUGUAAAGUAGCAGAGCCUGAAAAAAACCCUACAGAAUAUCCACUGUUACUUUAAGAUUCUUACUUCAUUUUAAGGAUUUGGACUCUUAGAAGGAGAGAUCUUGAAGCAGAAGUUAACUUAAGAUGAAACAGAAGAGUGAUUUUUAAAUACAAGUAGGUAACAGUCUAUAAAUAGGAACAACAAACCGGAGAAAACAUGCUUCAGCUUGCUGUCCCUAAGAGAGAAAUCCCCUUCUUAAUGAUAAUGGUGUCUGAAGAUGGUUACGAAGAGAAAUUAGGUGAAGCAAAAAAGUACAAAAAGGUAAUGGAGGGAAGGUAGUAGACCUUUGCUUAGAAGCUGGAAAGAACAUAUGAGACAGACACGGGUUAUCCAUACAGCAAAUUAGAUAGAGAAACUGUGAUGAAACCUAAGGCAAAGCCAUCCCUAGAAGCAUGCGCUUAUUAAGGAAAACAGCAGUUUAACUUGAAGAUUUCAUAUAUUGCAGGUUUCUUAAAAGACUCUCUCUCUCAUUCCUGCAUAAAUAAAAAUAAGGGAAUCAAGAUUCCCUUCUAUGUUUUGGAGUUUCUAGCUGCUGCAGAUAUACUCAAGAUGUGUAGGCAUAAUUCUUACGAAAACAGUCAAUAAUAUAACAGCAAAAAAUAAUCUCAUUUGUAGUUCGACUGUUGCCAUUGUGGAGAAAUAAAUUCCAAAGAUUUAAGUUUUCUCUCUUCCACCAAAUAGGUAAAGUACGUUUGUUUCCAAUAUUAUUAGUGAUAAACAACAGGAGCAAUAAAGCUUAUAAAAGCCAAAGAUCAACAGCAAGCAAGGCAAUUCUGAUAAGUGUUUAAGAAAACAAGUGUUGAGUUUUGAUAUGGUUUUCUAUCUAUCAUGAUGAUAGUGUAUAUUGCCAUUUGACUCGAUCAGGAAUUUUUCCAUGAAAUGUUUUACUUGAACUAUUAAUCAAGAGCAGCACUUUUUGUGAAAAAGGAUUGGUCUUGAAAAUUCUCAUUAGAAAUAUAUUAUGGAAAAAAGUUUUUAAAUUAUUGAAUUAUCCUGUUUCAAAAUUUCUAAACGUGAAGUUUCCUUUUUCAGUUCAAAUUGAAUUUUCAUUUUGAAAUGUUUAAAAAUGUAUUUGAAAGGGAUUAAAAUUAAAAUCAUUGAUGUAAAG